AUGUGUUUCUAUAAAGCAGUCCGGGAGCUGGAGGUGAGCAGCAUUCAGAAAGAAUUUCCAGAUGUGAAAGUUGCCGCUUCUUCUGCUACUUUCUUUUGGUACAAUGACUUUCGCUGCAAAUUCUCCGUGGGCAAGGAAGCUGAGAACGAGCUGCUGAACCGUUGCGCUGCUGCUAAAGUGAGCCGCACUGGCCCGGCGGACUCGCUCAAGAAUCGUUUGGUCGGCUCCUGGCUCAAAUCGUCUACUAUGGAAGAAGUUGGUGCGUAUGCCAGAAAUGUGCCUUGGAACGCUACUGCCAGCAAAGCUUCGGACACACACAAAGGUGACGACAAGGAGCUUCCCAAAGUGCACCCCGCACUGAAGGUGAACAAAAAGUCCGUGACGGUGGAGAUCUGCGGGUAUCGUUUCAAAGCUUCCAUUCCUCAAAAUGCUUGUUCACUGGAAGAUGCGAUUCGCAUGUGCGAGCAACGACGGUUAGCAGGCACGAACAAGCUCAAGACUUUCAAUGGAAUGAAACGGCAAGAGCUGCUGGAUUUGUGUACCGGGUCUUUCCUGAGCAAGAGCGGCAACAUGGACACAUUGCGGCAACGUCUGGUGUGCCAUUGGAUGUCCAAGGCCAGCCCGGGAGAGUUGAAGCUGUGGUCUGAAGGGAUUCCAUCUCCAACAGCGCUUGAGCAUACAUCUUCAGCAGCGCCGCCUCUUUCAGAGACUGCAUCUUCAGCGGCGCCUGUGGCAGCCGAGCCUGCGGCAAGUAGUGCUGGCCCUGCAUCUUCGGCAGCACCAGCGGCACAAGCAAGUUCUUCUUCAGCAGCGCCUGCGGCAGAAGUUGUUGCUGGCCAGACAUCUUCUCCUGGCGCUACACUUGCUCCUGCGACUGCUGAUCCUUGCCAGAGCGUGCUGUCGCAGUGCUUGAUGGCCUCAAACAAAGUGAAGGAUGUGUCGGAGAUGUUCACAGACUUGAGCCAAGGUCCGCAAAUAGACCCGAGCGAAAAGGAGGUGAAGAAUGCUGAGCUCAUUGCAGCUGCCGAUGUGGUGAUGCCAGUGGCCGGCAUGGUUAAGAUCCUGCAAGCUCUGCAUGAGGAAGGCAGCAAUGUUGCAUUGCUUCUGGCAGGUCAGAAGACCAUGACAUCGAAGAAGCUUACCCGGACUUACGUGCAACGCGUCCUCAUGGGACCAGAGCAGAUGUUUUCGAAGGAACUUGUGGGGGAUGAGUCAGUUGGCGGUGAGCCGCAGAAAUUGUCAGUGUGGUCUGUUUUCGUGCAAACCGGGAACCAAUUGAAUACAUCCCACUUUCUUGAAAGGCUUGGUUUACAAGAGCAGGAUGUCGUGGUAGGCAAGAUUUCCGAAACACUGCCUACUGACCUUGUGAGUGCAAAGCCUUGGGCGGAACCUGGCCUAUUGACUUUGGAUCGAGACGUGGAGGUGCGGACUAUCUUGAAGGGUCCAUAUGCAUCAUUGGGGCAAGGCUUCAGGUACUUGCCGGAUGAUGAGAAUUUUGGCUGA